AUGCAGCUGAAGUCGGGGCCGGAGUGGCACAACCUCAUUAAGCUCUGCGGGCGCAGGGCAGACCUCGCUCGUGCAGACGCCGCGUCUGAGAAGGCUGAAGACUCGGAAAUAGCAAGGGGAGAAAGAGAGUCACCGUUGAAAGAUAAUCUUUCACCGUGGGAAGAAUGGUUCAUUGGCAAAGAGAAGGAACUACGUGCCCGCUUACAAGCUAGAGCUGCAGAGGAAAUUAAUAUGCAGCUUGAGAAGAUGAAGCAAGAGCAAGAAUGUGAAAGGAGGAAAAGGAUAGCUGAAGAGAAGCAUAAGGAAUGGGUGCAAAAAAAGAGAGAAGAGGAAAGGAAGGAAAGAGAACGAAAGCUGAGCAAAGAAAUGGCAGAAAAAGCCACAAGGGAACUAGAAAAAAUGCAGUUGCAAGAAAAGGCCGAAGAAAAGUAUAAAGAAUGGUUGAAAAAGAAGAGAGCUGAAGAGGCAGAAAAGAAGAAGAAAGAGAAGGAGAAAGAAAAAGAAAGGGAAGCUGAGUUACAGGAGAAGAAAGCAAGAUCAGAGAAGAUCUUUAAGGAAUGGCUCCAUAAUUCUAGAAAUAAACCACGCCCUGUUUUAAAUGGUUAUGGCUUCCCGCAUGGGAAUUCUGCAGGGUGUGCUCGUGGAAAUUUGUAUCCAGCUCCAGCGUAUUGUAAUCCCAUUCCCUGGAAACCUGUGCAUGUGCCUCCUCCAAAGGAAGACCGUGUUCUUACCAUGAAGAAGAGUAAGAGACCUGUGUCUUGUCAGUCACAUGUGUCUUUGCCUAUUGUGAUUUAUAAGCCCAAGAACAACCUUUAUGUUGGAUCCUUGUGCAGAAAGCAGUUAUAG